UGGAGAGCCAGUCCCCACCCCCAUCCCGCCCCAGCACUCCCUCUCUCUUCUCCACUAUGGACAGAGCCUCCACUGAGCUGCUGCCUGCCCGCCACAUACCCAGCUGACAUGGGCACUGCAGGAGCCAUGCAGCUGUGCUGGGUGAUCCUGGGCUUCCUCCUGUUCCGAGGCCACAACUCCCAGCCCACAAUGACCCAGACCUCUAGCUCUCAGGGAGGCCUUGGCGGUCUAAGUCUGACCACAGAGCCAGUUUCUUCCAACCCAGGAUACAUCCCUUCCUCAGAGGCUAACAGGCCAAGCCAUCUAUCCAGCACUGGUACCCCAGACACAUUUCAAACUGUUCCCCCCAAUUCAACCACCAUGAGCCUGAGCAUGAGGGAAGAUGCGACCAUCCUGCCCAGCCCCACGUCAGAGACUGUGCUCACUGUAGCUGCAUUUGGUGUUAUCAGCUUCAUUGUCAUCCUGGUGGUUGUGGUGAUCAUCCUAGUUGGUGUGGUCAGCCUGAGGUUCAAGUGUCGGAAGAGCAAGGAGUCUGAAGAUCCCCAGAAACCUGGGAGUUCAGGGCUGUCUGAAAGCUGCUCCACAGCCAAUGGAGAGAAAGACAGCAUCACCCUUAUCUCCAUGAAGAACAUCAACAUGAAUAAUGGCAAACAAAGUCUCUCAGCAGAGAAGGUUCUUUAAAAGCAACUUUGGGUCCCUAUGAGUCCAAGGAUGAUGCAGCUGCCCUGUGACUACAAGGAGGAAGAGAUGAAAUUAGUAGAGGCAAUGAACCACAUGUAAAUUAUUUUACUGUUUCAUGUCUGCUGCUAGAUCUAAAGGACACUAGCAUUGCCCCAGGUCUGGGAGCAAGCUACCAAUAGGGGAGACUCUUUCCUAUAUGGACAGCUGCUGUGGAAAUACUGCCUGCUUCUCCCACCUCCUCAGAGCCACAGGAAAGAGGAGGUGACAGAGCGAGAGCAAGGAAAGUGACGAGGUGGAUUGAUACUUUCUACUUUGCAUUAAAAUUAUUUUCUAGCCUGCAGUCUAAUUACUUUUAAGGUCUAUGCUCCCAUGCACAUUUCUUAACAGUAUGUUCUAGCAGCUUUUGGGCCUUGUUUCCUAGACCAGACAUACAUGCAGGUUUCUGCCCCUAUGGGCAGCUGUCUGAGAAACUUGGAUGGUCAAUAGAAGGGACUUUGUGUGUCAGGUUUUAUCAAGUUCACCUGGGUUUUGUUGUUGUUGCUUUUGUUUUUUUUCUUGAGAUGGAGUCUCACUCUGUCUCCCAGGCUGGAGUGCAGUGGCGUGAUCUUGGCUCACCACAACCUCUGCCUCCCGAGGGUUCAAGUGGUUCUCCUGGUUCAGCCUCCUAAAUAGCUGGAGCUACAAGCGCGUGCCAUCAUGCCUGGCUAAUUUUUGUAUUUUUUUAGUAGCGACAGGGUUUUACCAUGUUGGUCAUGCUGGUCUUGAACU